AUGUCUGAGACUGGCGAUAGCACCCACAAGCGGUCCAAAUCCGCUGCCGCCCUCUCUCUCUUGCGGCGCAACAACACUCGAGACGAAGAGUCUGGUUCCGAAGACGGGAGGCUUCGGCAAGCUCCUUCAUCCUCGAAUCCGACCCUGACCCCGAUCAACCCCAUGGCGCACCAACAGAGCCCCCGCGGCCACGCUGCCAAACAGUCCGUUUCCUCGGCUGGCCUCUCUCCUACUGCUUCCAACCCGCCGCAAUCAAAACCUCAGCCGGUCCUCACAUCACCUACUGCCGAUAAGAGCACCGCAAGCCUCGAGCAGUCUGUUCGCAAGUUUAGAUUUGUCGAGGCCCUGCGAAGCGGCGAUACAUCAUCCAUCUCCCGAGCCAUUCGCGAAACAGCCGAGAACGCCCCCCGCCCGAGCAUUUCCUCAGUAAGCGGCUCCUCAUCAGGUACCCUUGACGAUACUACAAUCCUUCACCUGGCUAUCCAGUGUGCCGAAUUUCCUGUCAUUGAAUACGUCUUGUCCGAUGGACAAGGAUCGAUCGAUGUCAACGCCCGUGACAAGGAUGGAAACACCCCGCUUCACUUGGCCGCAAUCCAGGGCAGAACCACAGUGGUGAAGCUUCUUUUGGAACAAAAGGAUAUCAAUGAUGCCAUUGCCAAUUCCCAGGGCAAAUUGCCACUGGAUGUAGCGCGAAACCCUGAGAUCUUCCAGCUUCUGCAGCUUUCAAGAUCGCUUUUUGCCGAGGCCAAGGUCAAGCAAGUGCAGGAGCUGAUCGCGCGGGGCAACUAUGCCGCACUUGCUGGCGUUCUCGAGGAGCAUCGCGUCAAGACUGUUCUCGACAUCAACAGCCCCGAAUUCGCAUCCGAGCCUGUCACCGUCCAGACUGGAGGUACUUUGCUCCACGAAGCUGCCCGAAAGAAAAACACCAACCUCAUCCAAGUCCUCCUUCUCCACGGCGCCGACCCGUUCCGUCGCGAUCGAAAAGGCAAGCUGCCCCAAUCCGUCACCACGGACGAUGCUACAAAGGGCAUUCUCAAGAAAUCCCCCGCAGCCGUUGCUGCCCAGAGGGGAAUCCAGGAGAAGGCGGUGCUUGGACAGGCUGCUUCACAGGGCACAGCAGGUUCUGCCACUGGUGAUCCUCUAGCUGGGCGGGAGGCUCGUGAGAUGAAGGGUUAUUUGAAGAAGUGGACCAACUAUCGAAAGGGCUACCAGCUACGUUGGUUCGUACUUGAGGAUGGCGUUCUGAGUUACUACAAACACCAAGACGACGCAGGCUCUGCAUGCCGCGGCGCCAUCAACAUGCGGAUUGCCAAACUUCACAUGAGCCCUGACGAGAAGACAAAGUUUGAAAUUCACGGCAAGUCCUCCGUCAAGUAUACUCUCAAGGCAAAUCAUGAGGUCGAAGCCAAAAGAUGGUUCUGGGCCCUGAACAAUUCGAUUCAGUGGUCCAAGGAUCAGGCAAAAGAGGAAGAGAAGCGAGCAGCUCGUGGUGCUGAGCUUUUGCGACAAGCCAAGGCUGACCCUAGCACUCUUUCUCUUCAGGAAUCCCAUAGUGAGGGCACUAGUGUCACAGACCUACGUAGGAACAGUUCUCAAAUCCCGAGCAGAUCGCUUUCAAAGAUCUCUUCGGUUGAUCAACGACCGAGCCACACUAGCCCCGGCACCAGUGGCAGUAUUGAAGAAGAUGAAUUCGUGGAUGUCGAGACAGACGCGGGCACCUCGCGAGUACACAGGAACGGAGCACCGACGAACAACGACAUGGAUGACGACGAUGACUAUGGCGAUGACAUGAGCCUUCACGAAGAGCCUACUGCCACGAAAGACGCGCUAAAUAUUACAGCCCAAUCAGCCAAGCUCCAGCUUGAAACAAUGUCGCAUGUUCACCAGGCCCUCCUUAACGAGCUCAACCAAAACCCAAGCACACCUCUUUCCGAUAACAGCGUUUCCCAAGCCCUAGGCACCUACGAUGGUGCCAUUCGAAGCUUAUCCACACUUGUUGCCGAUCUGCUCCGGAUAUCAAAGGACCGCGAUGCCUACUGGCAGUACCGCCUCGAUCGGGAGGCGAACAUGCGACGUAUGUGGGAGGAAAGUAUGGCACAAGUGGCUCGUGAGCAAGAGGUCUUGGAGGCUCGCGUCGGAGAAGCAGAGAAAAAGCGCAAGGCAACAAAGAGGGCACUGCGUGAGGUUAUCGAAAGCGGCAUCCCUGUUGGGGCUGAGCUCCCUGUACAGGACGCACACGUAGAAAAGGAGUUGCACGACAGCAGAGAAAAGGAAUACGAGGAGGGACAGUUCGAAGAUGCACCAACUAAACCAUCGGCACUGGCAUCAGCAUCAGCACAGCCCAAGUCACCCACGAUGAAGACCGUCCGAAGGAAACCUACGAUUCAUGUAGACUUGUCCGAGAGCGAGUCCGAACAAGAGGACGAGUUCUUUGACGCCGUGGACGCCGGUCAAGUUGAGGUAUCAGAACUGCCUGCUGAUGAGAUUCAGCCAAAAAGCCAGGAUAUUGUUGUAUCCGGCGGAAUGGACAUCAGCUCCUCUUUCAAGGGUUACGAAAAUGGCAUUCGAACGAGACUCAAAAUGGAUGCUGACGACCGCCCUAAGAUUUCUCUAUGGGGUAUUCUCAAGUCUAUGAUUGGCAAGGAUAUGACCAAGAUGACUCUGCCUGUUUCAUUCAACGAACCAACUUCUCUCCUCUACCGUGCUGGUGAGGAUAUGGAGUAUGCUGACUUGCUCGAUCUGGCCGCGGAUCGAGCUGACUCGAUUGAACGGCUCAUUUACGUGGCUGCCUUUGCUGCCAGUGAAUACGCAUCCACAAUCGGCCGUGUAGCCAAACCUUUCAACCCUCUCCUGGGAGAGACAUUCGAAUACGUGCGACCUGACAAGGGGUACCGCUUCUUUAUUGAACAAGUCAGCCACCACCCGCCAGUUGGCGCGGCCCACGCAGAGGCACCCAAGUGGUCUUACUGGGGUGAAUCAGCCGUCAGGUCCAAGUUCUAUGGUAAAUCUUUUGACAUCAAUCCCUUGGGUACAUGGUUCCUCAAGCUUCGACCUACCGCUGGAGGCAACGAAGAACUUUACACGUGGAAGAAGGUUACCUCCUCGGUCAUCGGCAUCAUUACUGGAAACCCCACAGUCGACAACUAUGGUGUCAUGGAGAUUAAGAACUGGACAACAGGCGAAGUGGCUCAUGUUGAAUUCAAGCCGCGUGGCUGGAAGGCAUCCAGCGCAUAUCAAGUAUCUGGAAAGGUCACUGAUGCCUCUGGCAAGGUGCGCGUCAGUCUCGGUGGUCGCUGGAACUCCAAGCUGUACGCUCGCCUAACACCAGGUUACGAGGCAGCAGUUGAUGAGCCCAAGGAGAGUGGCGGCGAUAUGGCGCACAGCGGUCUAAGCGACCCCAACCGAGCGUAUCUCAUCUGGAAGGCAAAUGAGCGACCAACUGGAAUCCCUUUCAACUUGACACCAUUCGUCCUGACAUUUAACCACAUAGAUGAUCAGUUGCGGCCGUGGCUACCUCCUACCGACUCUCGUCUCCGACCUGACCAGCGCGCGAUGGAAGACGGAGAGUAUGACUUUGCUGCCGAGGAGAAGAAUCGCCUGGAGAACGCACAACGAUCACGCAGACGCCUUCGCGAGGAGCGUGGUGAAGAGUUCGUACCUGCUUGGUUCCAAAAGGCACGCUGUGAGAUCACGGGAGAGGAGUACUGGCAAUUCAACGGCAAGUAUUGGCAACAGCGCGAGAAAGCCGGCCCACAGGGAGACCCUCAAGCUGCUUGGGAGGGAUUGGAGCCGAUUUACGAAGAUCAUGUGGAUGAGAAUCAGGGUUCAGUUCAGUAUUAG